CACGCUUGACCGACCCUCAACUUGCUUCAAAAAGAAGCUGAGGACUUCUGAAGCGUCAAAAAGAAGCUGAAAAAUAAAAUCGACUUGCAUUUCAUUCAUGGGUUCUCCAUCGCAGAAGAAACUGAGGGCUCUUGAAGCUGGCGAUGAAUCAGACAGAAUCAGCAGACUGCCUGAUGAUCUAAUCCACAAGAUUCUCUCGUUUCUAGAUGCCAAAGCAGCUGUUCAAACCACUUGUCUCUCCAAACGUUGGAAGCCUGUCUGGACCACUCUCCCUUUCCUAAACUUCGGUCGGUACCACAACUCUUCGCCUAAAAAUGUUUCUGAUUUUAUCUGCAAUGUUUUGCGUAAUCGAAACCAUCAUUCUCAUGUUUUUAGUCUCAACUUCCGUGUUAAAUGUAAGGAUGUUUCUCCUAAUUUGCUAGAAGAGUUUGUUGAGUAUGCGAUCUCGCACGACUUGCAAUCCUUAAGACUUGAAUUAUUAGAUGAUCAUAAGCCUUUUAAAUUAUCCACUUUUAGCUCUAAGUCUUUAAAGAAACUUGAGUUAAAUCUGAGGCUACAAGAAUGUGCAUUGGAAUCGGAUUGCUGGGAUUUACCUGCCUUGACAACUCUCCGUCUCAGUUGUGUACGUGGACACGAAAGUCACAGCCGUUUGAAUUCAUGGCUUAAGGAUUCAGUGUUCACGUGCUUGCCUGCGUUAACGAGGCUGAGUCUUCAUAAUUGGGAUUUAUCACAAUUGUUUUCUUUCAGCUUGCCAGCUUUAACAAGGCUCCGUCUGUCUCACUGUACGUUGCCCACGACAGUUUGGGACUUCCCGGAUUUAUUAAGUCUACAACUGGAUGGUGUGGGUCUUCCUGAUGAUAUGAGUGACAUACUCUUUGCACUUGUCAAGUUAAAAAAUCUCACAUUGAUUCUACCAUCAACUCAGCGAGAUUAUUUCAUAUCUUGUCCUCCUCACUUGUUGAACCUGAGUAUCACAGGCAGCUUCUGCCACCAUGGGAAUAUUUGGAGUAACAUUGUGGUUUCGGCGCCAAAACUCUGCAACUUCACUGCUUUUGGUAUAUUUGCAACCACAAUUGGAGUUCCUGAGUUGGAGAAUGUUAAUAUAAGUUUACAGGGUUGGUUUCAGAACAUGGAAUUGACAUGUAGGAAACGGUAUUAUCGGCGGUUGACAAAUAUGCUUCCAGGAUUUUGUAAUGCCAAGAAUCUCACUUUUGACGCGGAGAGUAUUGAGGCACUCAAUGAGAUUUCCAACCUUCUUCAGAGUUUACCUUCUCCAUUCUCUGAGUUGAAGUAUGUGAAGUUACCAACGGGAUGCAAAGAAUCAAGUAUAUCUAGCGCUCUUAGAAGCUAUUUACUUGGUGGCUCUCCUAAUGCCACGUUCGUCACAAAAUUGCCCCAGAUUCAUGGAGUGGAAGAUUCCAUGCUAGAUGCUUCAGUUGAAGGUACAGACAAAGAUCAGGCGAGCUCAUUAGGAGGGCAGAGAGAUUCUGGUUUAUGGCGAGGCCAUGAGGUUAAUUCCGAGUUUGUGGGCCUGCUUGAUCGCAUUAUGCAUAAGUACCCAGAAACCUUUAAGCACUUUACCACAAAAAACAAGAAGCUAUGUACAAUGAAUCUGAAUAUGUUGUGCACCUCACUGAAUGACCUUUUCAAAAUAUCCAUGACUAAUGUGGAUUCUGAGAUGAUGUUUGCGUACAAGGAAGUAAUCUCUUACUUGCAGAAUCAGGGAUUCAACUUAACUUGGGUGGUGGACCGCCUGACCUAUAUAGAACAUCUCCGGUUUUCAAAGCCCCUAAUUAAUGAGCUUUACUCAAUUGAAUGUCAUAUUGAUGAUGCUAAAACUAAACUACAAGACCUGCAGUCUCGAGCUGCUGAUGCCAAAACUAAACUACAAGAUCUGCUAGCUCACGUUGAUUAUGCCAAGACUAGAUUGCAAGCGAAGCAGUCUCUUCGCACGGAGAAGUUGUCAGAAAUUAAGAAAGCUUUUGGAACUACGGAUGCUAAACUUGUUGUUGGUUUCAUUGGAGAUGAUCUACUAUCUAAUCCCUGAAAUUUGUGGUAUGGUUUUGCUUUUGAAAGUUGUGUGGAUUCGUUGGUAAUUGUCAGUUAUCUAUCCCUGAACUAUUUAGUACUUUGGAAGUAUUUUAAAGCUUAUAGACCUCAUAUCAAUCAGUUCAUUCGUA